AUGUCUAAAAGUGAUAUAACUAUGAUAAAUGAUAAUAGUGUUGAUGGUUUAAAAGAUCAUUUAGCUGAUAAUGAAAUAUAUAAAAAUUUACGUCGACAUUCUCCAUUAUUGGCAUUUAUUCUUUUAAUAUUUCUUCCUCUAUUAUUAUUUUUCUUCAAUAUUACUUGUACAUUAAGACAUCCUAUUGUAGAAUCAUUUCAACAUGUCCAUGAUAUGUUUAUAUUUGAUGUCGAUUGUUUAGCUAUUGUACUCGGAUGGUUACUCAUUCAAUCCGCUUUUUUCUCAUUGAUUAGAAAACAAUAUUAUCAUCAUAAUGGAAUAAUAGCUUUUGUUUUUUCUCUUGGUGGUGUUUAUAUAUUAAAUUGGUUCGAAAUUAUUCAUGCAUCAUAUAUCUAUGAUAAUAUUCAUAAAAUUCUUGUUGCUUCAAUUAUAGUUUCUUAUUUUAUUGGUCUUUUAUUAUUUAUUAAAGGCAAUGAAACACGUUAUUUAAAACAAAUAAAUCCAAUCGUUGCAUUUUUCUAUGGCACUGAUAUUAAUUUAACUAUAACUGGUAUUGAUUUGAAGUUAUUUUUUGAAUUACGAAUAGGUUUAAUUGGAUGGGCAUGUUUAAAUCUUUGUUUUUUUCUUAAAACAAUCGAAUUAUAUACAUAUCGUCGACCACCUGCUUUUGUUCUUGUUGUUAUUCAACAAAUUUUACAAGCUUUGCAAUUAAUAUGGUAUGAAGAUAUUCGUCUUAGAAAUAAUAACACUAAAAAAGAAACAAUCGGAUUUAUACAUAUAUUCGGUUCUCUUUGUUGGUUUCCUUUUCUCUGGUGUUUACCAUCGCAAUAUUUGAUUCUUGUUAAUUAUCCGAUCAAACGAUUAUAUAUAAUUGUAUCAGUUAUACUUUUUUUACUUGGUAUGUUUAUCUCUCGUCGAAGUAUUCAUUAUCAACAAGAAAUAUCUUCUAAGAAGAAUACUAAAUCAUAUGGAUUGAUUUCAUUGAUAUCGAACUAUUGGACUUUAUGUCGACAUCCAUAUUAUCUUGGUAUAUGUUUACUUGAAUAUAUAUUUAUGAUGAUUUCCUUUCUUUUAUUUAGGAAAUUUGCUAAUACUUAUUUCUUGGACAAUACCUUGCGGCUUAAUGCCUAUUCCAUGGAUGUUACCUUUAUAUUAUCUGCUAGUUAUUUACAAUAG